GCCACAGUCACUCGCAUCGAACUACUCGAUUCGAUUCUGCUCUACUCCACCUGCUUCGUUUAACCUUCACUCAACCUCAACCACCGCCUCUGAAGGUUCAGGAUGGAUUUCACCGGGCAAUACAACUUUGCCAACCCUCAGCCCUAUCACCAGUUCAUGCCGAUUCCUCCUCUGACGCCGUCACACUCGCAUUCCGCCGGCUCCGAUGACUUCAAUGCAUCCCCGCCUGAAAACUACGACGGCCUCUCUGCCAGUCAAAAUGACCAGUUCCAGUCUUUCGAUUAUACCACCGCCCAAGGCUUCAAUGCAAACCCCCAUCAGCCUGCCUCUGGUUUUCCGGGCCCCCCGACACCUCCCGGCUAUACUUCUCAAGCCCAAGCCCAUCAACAGCAAGGAGGCUCACUGAGGAAUGGCUCUCCUGACGAGCAGUCCGUUGCCCGUGGGGGCAGCGAGGAGGACGAGAACCUAACUCCUGCUCAGUCUCGGAGGAAAGCACAGAAUCGCGCUGCGCAGCGUGCCUUUCGCGAGAGGAAAGAAAAGCAUGUUAAAGACCUUGAGGCGAAGCUUGCCGGACUUGAGGCCGCCCAGCAACAAUCAUCCCUCGAAAACGAACGUUUAAAGCGAGAUCUCCAGAAAAUAUCUACCGAGAACGAAAUCCUUCGCGCGACAUCCCGCAUGAGCCAUGGCUCCAUCUCACCAGAGCCUGCAACCGGGCCUCUGCGCUUCAAACCUACCGACUUCUACUCCAACGUCUUGCAGAAUCACACAAAUAAGUCGCCCUCACACCGCAUUGUUACCUCAGACGAUGGCGAACGUCUCCUAGCUGCCGGUGCAACAUGGGACUUUAUCAUAUCUCACGAAUUGUUCAAGAAAGGCCUGGUUGAUAUUGCCGAUGUCAGCGAGCGCCUGAAGAACUGCGCUAGAUGUGAUGGCCAGGGUCCUGUUUUCUCGGAGCGUUCAAUCACCAAUGCUAUUGAACAAAGUGUCGCGAGCGGCACUGAUGAUCUUCUCUAAGUGAGCGACAAGGCGCAAAAGGGCCAAUUUGGAAGAAAGGAUACAUGAAUGGCUUCAUUAUGAUUGACGUAUAUU